UCGCUAACUUGACAAAAGUCAACAAAUUGAGGACGAAAUUUCCAGCCAAUUGCGAGCUCUUGGCAUAGUAUCUUCUCAGCAUCCCAAUGCUUUAACUCUUAGGCUCACACUUACAACUUUCCUAAAUUCGGCCAUUUUGGGGGUGUAGCAUUUAGCAAUGGCCGCAACUCUGUUGGGAGGAGCUGCUCUGGGUCCAGUCUUCGACAUGCUACUCAAAGCCGUUAUUGAUGUUGGCAUAAAAAUUGCCACUUUCCGUUCCAAAUUCCAAAGCUUAAACAACACACUUAAUGAUAUCAAACCAGUGUUCGAUGACAUCGAGAGGCUAAACAAAGCACUAGACGGCCGAGAAUGCGAAAUAGAAAUGUUCAAGAAGCAGCUAUUAGCAGGUGAAGAACUAGUCCGUAAGUGUUCCAAGACUAAAUGCUACGACGCUUUGAAAAAAUGGAACUACUCGAGGAAAUUGACCAAGUUAGAAAAUUCACUGGUUAGGUUUUGCCAAGUUCAUGGUUUUAUUCAGGUGUGUAGAGAUAGUAAAAUUAUUCUUGUCAAUGUGAUUGAACAUGGUAAGAAAUUGGAUCAGAUUAGCUCCAUGUUGAGAGACAUUUCGUUGACGAAUGGGACUAGUAUUGGAUUUACAAACUCUAAUGGGUCUUCAGGGUGGAUGAAUGGUGGUAAUAGUUUUGGUAGCACAAAUGGGAAUGGAUUUUCAGGUUGGUCUGACGUGCCACAAGUUUCAGAUUCUGUGGUUGGAUUUGAUUUGCCACUUCAAGAAUUGAAAGUAAAGCUGCUUGAGGAGAAAGAGCAGGUGGUGGUUCUUUCUGCUCCUGCUGGCUGUGGAAAGACUACUUUGGCUGCAAUGGUUUGUCAAGAGGAUGAUAUCAAAGACAAAUACAGGGACAUCUUUUUUGUCACUGUUUCCAAAACAGCAAACAUCAAGCGCAUUGUUGGGGAAAUUUUUGAGAUGAAAGGUUACAAGGGGCCAGACUUUGCUUCUGAAUAUGCUGCAAUCUGCCAACUCAAUAGCCUCCUAAGGAGAAGCACAUCUCAACCUGUACUUCUGGUGCUGGACGAUGUUUGGUCUGAAUCAGAUUUUGUCAUCGAAAGUUUUAUAUUUCAGAUACCUGGAUUUAAGAUUUUGGUCACCUCAAGAUCUGUGUUCCCGAAAUUUGAUACAUAUAAAUUAAAUCUUUUGAGUGAGAAGGACGCGAAGGCUCUUUUCAAUAGUUCAGCUUUUAAAGAUAGCAUCCCUAACGUUCGACUUGAUCUUGUUCAUACGGUGGUGAGAAGCUGUUGUGGUUUUCCACUUGCUCUUAAAGUUGUUGGCCGAUCAUUGUGUGGCCAGCCUGAGUUGAUAUGGUUUAACAGAGUGAUGUUGCAGUCUAAAAGACAAAUUCUCUUUCCUACCGAGAAUGAUCUGCUUCGCACUCUGCGAGCUAGCAUUGAUGCAUUGGAUGAAAUAGAUCUAUAUAGCAGCGAAGCAACUACAUUAAGAGACUGCUACCUGGAUCUAGGAUCAUUUCCUGAAGACCACAGAAUUCAUGCUUCUGCACUUUUGGAUAUGUGGGUGGAACGAUACAAUUUAGAUGAAGAUGGCAUGAAGGCAAUGGCAAUCUUCUUUCAACUCUCUUCAGAAAAUCUGGUUAAUCUCGCCCUUGCAAGAAAGGAUGCACCAGCAGUUCUUGGAUUACAUAACUUGCAUUACAUACAGCAGCAUGAUCUGCUGAGAGAACUGGUUAUCCACCAGUGUGAUGAGAACACAGUAGAAGAGAGAAAGAGACUAUAUAUCAACAUCAAGGGGAAUGACUUUCCUAAGUGGUGGUCUCAACAAAGACUUCAACCACUUCAGGCGGAAGUUUUGUCUAUAUUCACAGAUGAAGACUUUGUGUCUGACUGGUAUAACGUGCAAUUUCCUAAAGUUGAAGUACUUGUGUUGAACUUUGAAGCAAAGACCUACAACUUACCCCCUUUUGUAGAGCAAAUGAGCCAAUUGAAAACUCUGAUUGUGACAAACAAUUAUUUCUUCCCAACCAAAUUAAAUAACUUUCAGUUUUGUUCUCUGCUCAAUCUUAAGAGAAUCAGCCUGGAACGCAUCUCUGUUACGUCCAUUUUUACAGCAAACUUGCAGCUGCCAAAUUUGCGGAAAAUCUCCUUCAUCAUGUGUGAAAUUGGUGAGGCAUUUGAAAACUAUGCUGCCAAUAUGUCUUACAUGUGGCCAAAACUCGUAGAGAUGAAUAUCGAGUACUGCAAUGAUUUAGUGGAAGUACCAGCUGAAAUAUGUGAUCUUGUUGAUCUUAAAAAGCUCAGCAUUUGUUAUUGUCACGAAUUAGUUGCCCUCCCCGAAGAGCUUGGAAAGUUGACAAAUUUGGAAGUACUGAGGCUUCAUUCUUGUACAAAAUUAUCCGAGUUGCCAAAGUCAGUAGUAAAACUUAAUAGAUUGGGGUUUCUGGAUGUAUAUGAUUGUGUGGAACUGGAUUUCUUGCCAACAGAAAUGGAUCAACUCUGUUCUUUACGGACUAUCUGCAUGGGUAGUCGCCUGGGGUUUACUGAGCUGCCCGAUUCUGUGCUAAGACUUGUGAAAUUGGAAGAUGUUGUAUGUGAUGAAGAAACAGCCUCAUUGUGGGAAUAUUACAAGGAACAUCUGAGGAAUCUGAGAAUCACUGUGAUAAAAGAGGAUAUCAAUUUGAAUUUGCUGCAUAAAUCAUUGUAAAUCAUUCUUGAAGCAACUUUGGGACUAGAACAAACUGAGCAGAACUGGUAGCUGGGGAUGAAGGCAGUACUAGUUGCAUCUGUUCUAAUACCCAACACAAAAUUUGAACUUUCUCCAACUUUAUUUUCAGUGAAUUUUGAAAGAUACAGCUCAAGAUUGAUUAUAUUACUUCAUGAGAUUCAUACCACUGUCAAGAAUUGACAUCUUAUUAGGAGCUGUCAUUAAAGUUAAUAUGCAGAAAAGCUAGUAACGCCGGAAACUAAUUUGAGUUUGAACGUCGAGAAGCUCAAGAUGAGUUUAGUAUAUUGAAUUUAUGGAAGGGCCAUUUCUUCGUAUCCUUAAAUUUGGAGAGGGAUUUGGACCCUGAUAUAUUCCUAUAUAUGCAUGGAAUACUACUGUCUGCAAUCCAUAGUAGCAUAGAUGUUUUGUUUUUUUAUGUUAAAAAGGAAGAAAGAUUUGAUUAGCAAGGAACCAUUUCGUUGCUGUUGACAAAGAGCCGCACGGAACAGUGGCAAUUCUUGCAGAUUAGGUUUUUAAAUGAUUCUGCCAUCUAUUACUCAGAUGCUGAAAUGUUAAUACAAGUUUGACCUCAAUCUUUAAUAA